AUGCUGGCUGCGAACGCCGACUCGGGCGCAGUUCGGGACGUGUUCUGCGGGGCGGAGGAAGCUGGUAUUCGUGGUGACAACUUGGUGAAGAUUUCGUUCGGGCAUACUUCUGCAUUUGGCUUGACCGACCUCUGUCUGCGCAUACUGAAACUAAUUAUUAAGCUUCCAAGGCAGCCAUUCGAGGACGGCCAAAGCAAAGCUGAUAAUCAUUUUCAAGCCAUACCAAGACUCCACUGCUGUCUGUCUGGCGAGUUCGCACUUUCGCACUUUCGCAUAAAGUCGGUGCAUGAUGCGCCGUCGCUGCACUCCUGUCUCAUCACUAGCCACGAAUUAUUAAUGUACGCAGCGAGAGGUGCAUACCAUGUGCUUCUUCCUUCCAAUCCAUCCAGCCAUGUGAGGUUCCUCUCAGGCUUGUGGCGUGCGGAAGCCAUGUGCUGCCAAGGAAAGGAUGUGCCGAUCAUGGGACAAACCUACAGUCCUUUGUACGGUGAACAGCAUCCACAUCCACGGCGGCUCGUAGGGCACACGAUGGAGUCUCUUCUGGAAUACCUAUGUACAUCCCUGGUAUCCGUUCCGUCUGAGAGCAUCCCGUAUCCUCCUGACGCUGCUGGUAAUAUGUAUCCCACGUGCCUCCGACGACAUGGUACAUAUGAUGGCCACUGGCUUCAGCUCUGGGCCAAGCGUGUUGUCUCUGCUCCAGCGACCAUGCAAGCGUCCGGUGUGAGUGUGAGAUGCAUGAUUCGAAUCUCCUCGGCACCGAAAGGAAACAAGGCACAGGUACAUACAAGCAGGAAUCAUCUCACCCCGAGAUAUAGGCGGCGCGGCAAACUCCUGGGUGGCGGAUAUCCUGAAGAACGAAGAACGAAGCACGACCACGCCGAAUGUACGCUUCCCUACGCUAUGCCGUUCCCAACGCUAUUGUAUUGUCUCGCAUGGCGGCUGUCCUUGGAAUGGCAUGGCGGUAAGGGCCGUUCUACAGUAUACGGCUUUUACGCCUGCCAAUCUGAUUCCCUAGCAAGAAAAUAUGCUAACGCAGGCGUGAAACAUGCGCGCUUCCACGCAUACAAGAAAUUCCCGAAGCGAAGGAUGCACCAACUGUCCUCCGUGCAUCAGCGGGCCAUUCCAAGAAGAUGCACUGCUCAUCCAGCAACAACAUGCAUGAGACAGUUGCUGCGCGUCCACCCGCAGUCCAAGCACACAUGCUCACCCACAACUCCCGGCGUCGAUCUGUUCAUGCUGUUCGAAAAGGCAGAAGCUCCGAUUGAGUACCGCCCCGCCCCGCCGCGCCCUUGCUACCACCACGUUACCCUGAUUGCACGCGAGCGAACAGCUGCAUCUUCUGGCCUGCAAAGGGGUGAAUACUGGUUGGCGGCGAAUGCCCUUCCCUACCGAGUAGUCGUCGAUCACGGCCUAUGUAUCGAGUUUCAUAUCAUCGCCGCAAACCAACGACUCCACAAAUUCCCCGUCGAAGCCUGCCGCCACGACUUGCUGACAUUUGCUGCCUUCCGUGCAACCUUCGUCGAGACGCUUUAUCGUGACCCUUGCCAACGCCUCCACUUUGGUUGA